AUGGAUACCAAUAUGGAGGAUGUAAAGAUGCCAGAGCCCAUGCAGCUGUCAUCUGCCCCCACGUCUGAGCCGACCACAAUCCCCACGCUGGAUGGCUGGAUCGAGAGCCUCAUGAGCUGCAAGCAGCUGGCCGAGAGCGAUGUGCAGAGACUAUGCGACAAGGCCCGCGAGGUACUCCAGGACGAGUCCAACGUACAGCCAGUGAAAUGCCCCGUCACAGUCUGCGGUGAUAUACAUGGCCAGUUCCACGAUCUGAUGGAGUUGUUCAAGAUCGGCGGCCCCAACCCGGACACAAACUAUCUCUUCAUGGGCGACUAUGUCGACCGAGGCUACUUCUCCGUCGAGACUGUGACCCUUCUGGUCGCGCUCAAAAUUCGAUACCCCCAGCGCAUCACCAUCCUCCGUGGCAACCACGAGUCCCGUCAAAUUACCCAAGUGUACGGCUUUUACGACGAGUGUCUCCGCAAGUACGGCAACGCCAAUGUGUGGAAAUACUUCACAGACCUUUUCGACUACCUGCCGCUCACUGCCUUGAUCGACAACCAGAUCUUCUGUCUGCACGGUGGUCUCUCUCCUAGCAUUGAUACGCUCGACAACAUCAGGGCGCUUGACCGCAUACAAGAGGUGCCUCACGAGGGACCAAUGUGCGACCUGCUCUGGUCCGACCCAGAUGACAGGUGUGGCUGGGGAAUCUCACCCCGCGGUGCAGGAUACACGUUCGGCCAGGACAUCUCAGAGGCCUUCAACCACAACAACGGCUUGACCCUAGUGGCACGUGCUCAUCAGCUAGUCAUGGAGGGGUACAAUUGGUCGCAAGACAGGAAUGUCGUGACCAUCUUCUCGGCACCCAACUAUUGCUACAGAUGUGGCAACCAGGCCGCGAUCAUGGAGAUUGAUGAACACCUGAAGUACACCUUUUUGCAAUUUGACCCUUGCCCACGUGCUGGCGAGCCCAUGGUCUCACGAAGGACCCCCGAUUACUUCCUUUAG